AUGAUAAUAAUAAUACUAAUGCUAGUGAUAAUAAUAAGAGACGUUUGCCAAAUAAAGGAUGAGGAGGAAGCGUGGAGCCGUGGCGCUGCCCGGAGCGAGGCCUGGCAUCGAGAGGAGCUUCCUCUGUUCCUGGACACUUCGGAGAUCUGGUGGCAGGACCCACCGUCCCUGCAAGCGGAGGCAGCUCCCUGGGACGUGACAGAGGUGGCAGCCGUGUGCAAGGCAGCAGAUGAGGGCUCCGAUCCGAGUCCCCAGGAGGGGAACAGCACCGAGGAGCAGGCUGUUCAGGACCCGGUGAGUGCCUGCCUGGAUGGAUGGGGAGCCAGUUUUCCUUGGUGCCCAAGGGAAAUGGGAACCUUUUUACACCUGGGGUGUCCCUGCUCCGAGUGCUGCUCGUGCAAUUCUUGGUUUGGGAUUCAGGAGCUGGAGGCCAUCAAAGCCAAACUGCGGGAAAUAGAGCAGGAGGAUGAGAGGCUGAAGGAGUUGCAGCUAGAAGCUGAGAAUCACCUGUCCAUGAGCUCUGAAGCAGCUCUCUUCCCACUGACAACCAAGGAGAAGAUGGAGGCUGACCAGCGUUCCAUCUACGUGGGCAAUGUGGAUUACGGGGGCACAGCAGAAGAGCUGGAGUCUCACUUCAACAGCUGCGGGCAGAUCAACCGCGUCACCAUCCUCUGUGACAAGUUCUCGGGCCACCCCAAAGGGUCAGUGCUGCGUGCAGGGAGGGCUGGGGGGGUCUGCGGGGUGUUCCUGGGGCUCUGCUCACGCCGUUCCCCACAGCUAUGCCUACAUCGAGUUCGAGGAGCAGAGCUCCGUGAAGGCUGCGGUGGAGCUGGACGAGAGCGUCUUCAGGGGCCGGGUCAUCAAGGUGAGAGCUGGGGGGAGCCCCUGGGGGGGCUGCUCCCCCCAUUCCCGGCCCUGCCUGCCUGGGGCUGGGCCAAACCCCAGCUCCAGCAGCUUCUCCCCACCCCGCAGGUGCUGCCCAAGAGGACCAACAUGCCGGGCAUCAGCAGCACGGACCGCGGGGGCUACCGGGGCUGCUGCCAUGCCCGGGGGGGGCUGGGUCGCUGGGGGGGCCCCUACGGGCAGCAGCCCCGGCUGCGAGGGAGGGCCUACAGGGGUCGGGCAAGGCUGCUGCCUUGGUAUUUUCCAUACUAGAAGAGGUUGGACUGCCUGGUGAUGCCAAUGGGACUGAAACAAGAGAUGGGAUUGGAGAGAUUUAAAAAUAUGCCUGCCCAAGCCAAAAAACAGAUUAAUUUUAAAAAUGCCAUCUGCCUGGCCGUGAGGAUUAUUGGUGAGCCCUGUGCUGGGCUGCAGGAGGGAAGAUGGGAUCUGCUCCACCCUGCCAGCACCCAGGAGAGCUCAUCCCACCUCAGCUCUGCCCGGGGGGCUGUGUUUGCACAGAGAACAGGCUCAUUCCAGAGAACACUGUCCUGGCAAUGGAAGAGCUCUCCCAGACCAUCAAGUCUCCUCCUUAUCCCACGGGAAAGGGCUGUCCUGGAGGGUUUGGCUCCUUCCUUGCUGCAUGCCCUCCAUGCCACUGCU